AGCUCAAGCCCGGGGAAAUCCCUCCCCGGGGCUGUAGCUCUUUUCCUUCGCGUGCCACUGCGCGAACCUUCAGGAACCGAACCCUUUCGUGACGUACGCACUGGGUGCGCUCAAGGCGGCGCCGGUGUGCUGUUGUGCCGAUGAAGUUUCAGGCACUUCUUUGGAGUGUUUGCUCGGGAUGCGGCCUAGCGGCCACAAAACAGCCGCGAGAGCCCAUCGGGCCAGAAGCCCUUGCGAUGGAUGAGGCGCAGGCUCCGAUGUGCCUCCUUCAGCGUGGCGCUGGACAAGGAGGCCCGCAUUUCUUUGACGAGGUGCCUUUGAGGAAGGAACUGCUAGCUGUUCGUGGGGCUCACCCGGUCAGAAACGAGGACCCUCCUUUUGUAGCUCAGCAGAGAGGAGCCUCCUUCUUUGAUGUGCCCUUGCGCAAGGAGCUUUUGGCAGCUCAAAGAGCCCAUAAGGACAGCCUAAUCCAUGGCCUUUUUAAGGAGCGUCGCUCCGCGCCGUUGGAGUCCUCGCAGGCGGUGAACGUGAAGAAUCCUUUUGAGGCCGUCUUAGACCAGCGCCUACGGGCUCUUCGCAACGGUGCCAGCCUGCUGAGCGAGGAGCAGCAGUCCAAGCUGGAUGACGAGCGCUUGCGCGAGGAGGAUGAUCGACUAAGGCAUGAGAAUCAGCGCUUGGAGAGGCUCCUUGCCCAGUUGAGUGUUGUGAGCAAUCACAGUACCGAGAGACGUUCAGAGGAGAUGGCUGCUGUGCUCACGUCACUUCUGGAGCAGGCGCCACCACCUCCAGCCAGUGCCACCAAUAGUUCUUGGAUGGGCGAUGGGUCAACCGAGAUGGAUCCUAAGAAGCGGAUCUUGACCGUGAGCCUGAUCAUUUGUGGCUCGGUGGCCUUCCUGGUCUACGUGGUUUAUCAUGCCUACGUCUUCUUCAAGAACGUCCGUGAAGAUCCCAAUGGCGAUCACAGUGUCGAUUGGGACGAUAUCAAAGAGUUCUUUGCAGAGCUGAUUUGCUGUGGUCUCAGCUAUUCCUCUGCGGUGAACAUGUCCUUCGUCUUUGUGAUUGCUGCGGGGGGCUUCGCAUUCCUCUGGUGGCAGGGCAUUAUCCAACCCUUCCUGAAGGAGAUUGCGUGCUAUGUUUAUCUCGGACUGGUUCUCUUUCUCUUGGUGGGCGUCAUCCUUGCUGAAGUCUGGUCCCAAUUCUACGCGAUCUUCAGUGUGCAGAUGGAUCAACUGGACAAGAUCAUGAGCUUCCUUCGUAUUGACAACGCCAAGGAUUUCGCCAAAGACAUGUUGAGCGAAGCCAAAUCGAUGGUCACCAAGUGAGCGGUUAGCUCGGGGCCAUCAGCGGAAAACAGAUCGCGAGGAGU